CGGCGAAGUCGAUGCCCUUGAGCGCGGCUGCGCGCGGUCCGGCUGUGCGGCCCCGCGGUGCGCGCUGAGCCUCUCGGCGGCCCGGGCCGCCCUCAGCCCCGCGCUCGAUGUGUAGCCACAUAGUUAUCUGUACACUUCGUCGCCGGGGUUUUAAUGAGGACUUGAGUCGCGAGCGCGUGUGAAUCACCGCCUGGGCCCGGGAAGGAGGACAGCGCAUUUAACCCCCUCCCACCCCGCUCCAUGUCCGUGUGUCACUCGGCUCCGUCCACCUGGCGCGGCGGGUCCUGGCGCUGCCACUGCUGCUGACGAUCGGCUCCCCUCGCGCCUCUCGCCCCAGAACCUCCUGGGCUCCCACGGAACUUCUACUUUUUUUUUUUUUUUUCGUUUUGGGAAAAGCUCAUCCACGAACCGAUCAGAACUGUGAAGGUGUUUGAUUCCCCGUAACUCCAGCACUUCUGCUCUUGGUUUUUGUUUUGUUUUCUGCGUAAAUCUCUGGCCCACUCUCAAAAGGCAAGAUGUCCAGUCAUGUCCCGGCGGAUAUGAUUAAUCUGCGCCUCAUCUUGGUGAGUGGAAAGACGAAGGAGUUCCUCUUCUCUCCCAACGACUCUGCCUCUGACAUUGCGAAGCAUGUGUAUGACAACUGGCCCAUGGACUGGGAAGAAGAACAGGUGAGCAGCCCAAACAUCCUGCGACUCAUUUAUCAAGGCAGAUUUCUACACGGAAAUGUCACGUUAGGAGCAUUAAAACUUCCUUUUGGCAAAACAACAGUGAUGCAUUUGGUGGCCAGAGAGACCCUGCCAGAGCCCAACUCACAAGGUCAGAGGAAUCGGGAGAAGACUGGGGAGAGCAACUGCUGCGUGAUCCUGUGACGUGUGGCCAGCAUGUACUGCAGUCUGUUGAUGCUGCUGGAACAGAGGAGGUUCAACAGUGUCCCACACCUGUCGGACAGUCACCUGCACAUCAUGGGGCUGAAUUACUCGGGAACUCUGUCAUCUCUUCUUAUAAAGUAAAAAGAACCAAGAACACUCUUCAUCUGGUCCUUUAUUCCUGUCUCUUGUCUGUGUUGAACAGUCUGAAAUGCACAGUGGUCUCCAGGGGAAGUCGCCUUGCUGCCACAAAGACUCAUCCACAGAAGUCAGAAAUCAAGUAUUGCAAGUACAGUUUGCACUAAAAAAAAGAUUAUCAUUUUUUCCUCAUCAGCAGAAUCUGCCAGCGCCUGUGGUGCCCAGAAGUACUCUUGGGACAGUCCACACUGGAGGACUCUCGGCAUCACUGAACUUAAUCACCAGGCCAGUCUCACAGGGAAAAUGGGAAGGGAUCUAAGAUGCUGGGUGAAUUCUACCAAAGUCAGCCAUGGUGGCUGUCCUCACAGGAUAUCAGAAUGGGUGUGACUGUCCCCAGGGCAGCAAAGGAAAAGCCAUGCCUGCUGCAUAUAGCGCUCUGCACAGGGGGUCUUUGCUGCCUGCACCCUGAGUCCUCUUAGAGCCAGGGGGCUCGUCCAGACAGCACAGAGGGUGGGUGGGCAGCAGUGUGUCCCUAGCCUUAAUAUGAAGGGCCUGUUGCUUGGGGCUGUCACUGUGCAGAAACGGUAGGAAACCUCGGCAGCAGAUCCAGUCGUGUAUUUGAAUAUCAGAAAAUUGGAAACUCAUCUGUAACCACGUCCUGCAUUAUGCUUACUCACUAGGACAGAGGAACCCUUUUAAAAAGUCUCCAGAUACUAAUUUUGUUACUUUAUGUAGUUUGCAUUUGGAAUCAGUGCUUGCAAUUGUAUUAAAAAUCACAAGCUGAUUUUUAAGGCAUACCUGAUUAGUAGCACCAUUCUUAUUUUUACCAAUAAUUUAAAGAUUGAUAUGCUAUAAAUAAACAAUUUGCACAGCACUAAAGCAUGAGCUAAUUUCAUCUAAACCUGUAAAAAAAAGAUUUUAUAUUUUUUUCACUGGGAAGAAAUCUUCCUGGAUGAAAUUACAAAUAUGUGUAGAUUAUAUUUAAUAAAAAGACAUAAAAUAUCUAACUGUAGAACGCAAAUAUAGAUUGGCGUGUAGCAUAUAGACCAGUAUUCCAUAUCAAUACCUUUAUCCAGCCUUUCUAAAGAUGAAGUUGCAGACUGCGUUGUGUUCCGUAUUUAAUGAGGGGUCUUGGCUCUCAGCAACAUUAUAUGUCAAUGGUCUCGAUGGUCAUCUUUGUUUAAAUGCAAUCAGGUUACUUUAUUCAUUGUUAAUGGGUUGAUAAAAAGGCUUUAUAUGCAGUAGAUCUACGAAAAUAUUGUUCAUACUGAUCAGAAUUAAAUUUGUAUAGAGCAGAGUUUUAAAAUGAAUGUAAAUAGCACUAAACCUUUUCUUUCUGCAACCUGUACUUAAUAGAUUCCUUCUGUAAACUAAAUAAAAAAAUUGUAGUGCA